AUGGUGGCGGGUCCGCGGAGGCUACCGGUGGACGUGGAGGUCCACGCCGUCAUCUACCGGGCCCACCGGCCGCCGGGACGUCGUCAGCGUCGUCGUCGGAGUCGUCGCGAAGUAAGUUGUCAUGGAGCGAAGGAGAGGGUGAAGGUGGGGCAGGCCGGAGUCUGCCAGGAGAGUCAGCCUGGAGGUGGCGCGGGGGAGUCCGAGAAGGAGACGAAUCCCCAGGAAGAAGUAAGUUGUCAUGGAGCGAAGGAGAGGGUGAAGGUGGGGCAGGCCGGAGUCUGCCAGGAGAGUCAGCCUGGAGGUGGCGCGGGGGAGUCCGAGAAGGAGACGAAUCCCCAGGAAUAUCGGUGCCAGCUGCGCCAAGACCGCCCUGGAUUGAGUCUUCAUGGAAGCAAGGUGCGGGAUGAAAGUGAAGGUACUGUCCAGGGUCACCCCCAGAUAGCGGACCUCGGCGGCGGCAGUCAGAAGCUGCUGGAGUUGCGGUGCCUGGUGCUGCUCCUGGUGGCGGGAUCUACAAGCUGCUGGCCUGCGCGGGACUUCGCCGAGCGCCGCCUGGAUGGUGCUGCCCCUGGUGGCGGCCUGCGCAACUCCGUGCUGCCCGCGCCCUGUGUCGUCAUCGCAGGCGAUCGUCUGCUGAAUAAUGAGCUGGCCGACAUCCUUCACCGCUGGACGCCCGACCUGGUGCUGCUCACCGAGACCUGGCUCAAGCCGCACUUGGCGCUUGACGUCCCGGGCUACGUGUGCCACCGGGCUGACCGCCAUGCUGGGCCGCGGGGCGGGGUUGCUGUGCUGGUGCGGUGCCACAUCCCCCACUACCGCCGUGCUGUUCCUGCGCUGGCCGCGGCGGAGGCGGUGGCUGUUCGGCUGACGUCCACGCGCCCGGCCCUCACGGUGGCGGCCGUCUACCUGCAGCCUAAUCGGGUGCUGCCCGCGGCGGACCUGCUGCUGCUGGCCCGGCUGGAUGGUGCUGUCCUGCUGGCUGGCGAUUUUAACUGCCGCCAUACUCGCUGGGGCUGCGCCGCCGACACCUUCCGUGGCCGCGCCCUCUUGCGGUUCACCGCAGCGUGCGACCUCACCAUCCAUGCGCCUCCUUCGCCUACUUACUGUCCUACCCGGGCUAACCAGCGCCCUUCUGUUCUGGAUUUGUGCCUGACCACCCAACGGCUCACCGUCGUUUCCUUGGCCGUCCUCUCUGACCUCGCCUCGGAUCACUUACCGGUGGUCGGUGUUCUCCAGGGUCUUCUGGCUGCUGGCCCUCCUCUGCGGCGGCGCGACUACCAGCGGGCGGAUUGGCCGGCCUUUCGGAGGCACCUGGAUGACCAGCUGGACCUGGGGCUGACGGUGGCGACCCCUGAGGACCUGGAUGACGUGGUGGAGCGGUUCGCUGCCGCCAUUGGCUGUGCGGAGCGUGCGGCCAUCCCGUUGCGGCCUGUGCGCCCGGGGGGCAAGCCUUUGCCACCACCCCUGCGUGCGCUGAUCCGGAUGCGGAAUGCUGCCCGGCGUUGCUGGCAGCGCCUGCGCCACCCCCAGGCGCUGGAGGAAUACCGGUACUACAAGGGCCGCUGCCGCCGUGCCGUUACCGACUGGCAGGCCUCUCAGCACCUUCUGGCCUUGCAGUCUUUAUCGGCGCAGACGGGCUCGGUGUGGGGCUACGUCCGGGGCCUGCGCUCCCGUGCCGCUGGUGUCCCGCCGCUACAGUCUGGUCAGCGCUUCCUGGAUGACCCCCGGGAUAAAGCGGAGCUGUUGGCGGGCCACUUCGAGUCCACCUUCGUGCCGCACGCUGUCCCGGCGGCUGGGCCGACCGCUGCCGCCUUCCGGGAUCUGCCGCCGCUGCCGCUCCCGGCCGCCGUGGGCUCCCUGCUGGUCACGCCUCGUGAGGUGGAGCGUGCCGUGGGCCGGCUGAAGCUGGGGAAGGCUCCUGGCCCUGAUGGUGUGCGCCCCGUUUUGGUGAAAUCCCUCUCCCGGAAGGCGCUUAUUUAUUUCACCAAGCUGUGCAACUUCAGUCUUCUUCUGGCGCACUUUCCUCUGCCGUGGCGUCAUGCUGUGAUCGUCCCGGUCCCCAAGACACACCCUGCCUCUCCAGAUGUUGCCCAGUACCGGCCUAUCUCUCUGCUGUCUUGCCUCUCCAAGGUGUUCGAACGCAUGCUUCUUGGUCGCCUGGGGCUGCAUCUAGCGGUCCAUGGUUCCCUGCCUGAUUUCCAGUUUGGGUUCCGCCGGCACUUGUCGGCCCUCCAUGCUGUUGCGUACGUGUCCGACCUGAUUACGGCCGGCUUCAACCGGCGGGCGCAUUCCAUCCUCGUGCUGCUGGACUUGAAGCGCGCCUUCGACUCGGUCCACCAUGCCGCUUUGGUGCACAAGCUGCGGCAGACGGAGCUCAGUCCUCAUCUGCUGAAUCUCCUACAGAGUUUCCUCGCUGACCGCACGUUUGCUGUCCGAGUUGGUGGCGCGCUCUCCGGGAUUCAUCGGGUGGCUGCUGGAGUGCCGCAGGGGGCGAUCCUGAGUCCUACGCUGUUCGCUGUGUUCCUGGCGGACAUGGCGCCCCCGCCUGGGGCUACUUUGGCGCUCUACGCAGACGACACGGCGGUCCUGGUGACCGGCGACGAUGCGCAGGUGCUGCAAGCGCAGGCGCAGGUGGCGUUGCGUCAUUUGAGCGGCUACAUGGCCUCCUGGGGUAUCUUACCCAAUCCUGCGAAGACCCAGGUGCUCUUCUGCACCAAGCGCCGCCGGCGGCCCCCGGCCCCACUGGUGCUCCUGGGCGUCUUGCUGCCGUACUUGCCUGCCGUGAAGUACCUGGGGGUGUUGCUGGACGCCACCUUCACCUGGCAGCCCCACAUCACGGCGGCGGUUCGGAAGACCCGGAUUCUGCACAGGACGUUGCGGCCGGUGCUGGGGGCGCGGAGUGGCGUGCCUCAGCCGACGCGGCUGUUGGUGUACAAGACCUACAUCCUGCCGGUCUUGCUGUACGCAUCGGUGGUUUGGGCGACGCUCCCCCGGACUUGCUGGCGCCCCAUCAAUUCGGUGCUGCACGCUGGCCUGCGUCUGGUGCUCGGGUACCCGCUGUGGACGCCCGUGGAAUUGUUGUACCGCCUCUCUGGACUCCGGCGGCCGGUGGAGAUGGUUGCUGCCUUCGCCCAGCGGUUCUUCCGACGCAACGAGCGCAGCCUCAACCCCGGCGGCAGUCAGAAGCUGCUGGAGUUGCGGUGCCUGGUGCUGCUCCUGGUGGCGGGAUCUACAAGCUGCUGGCCUGCGCGGGACUUCGCCGAGCGCCGCCUGGAUGGUGCUGCCCCUGGUGGCGGCCUGCGCAACUCCGUGCUGCCCGCGCCCUGUGUCGUCAUCGCAGGCGAUCGUCUGCUGAAUAAUGAGCUGGCCGACAUCCUUCACCGCUGGACGCCCGACCUGGUGCUGCUCACCGAGACCUGGCUCAAGCCGCACUUGGCGCUUGACGUCCCGGGCUACGUGUGCCACCGGGCUGACCGCCAUGCUGGGCCGCGGGGCGGGGUUGCUGUGCUGGUGCGGUGCCACAUCCCCCACUACCGCCGUGCUGUUCCUGCGCUGGCCGCGGCGGAGGCGGUGGCUGUUCGGCUGACGUCCACGCGCCCGGCCCUCACGGUGGCGGCCGUCUACCUGCAGCCUAAUCGGGUGCUGCCCGCGGCGGACCUGCUGCUGCUGGCCCGGCUGGAUGGUGCUGUCCUGCUGGCUGGCGAUUUUAACUGCCGCCAUACUCGCUGGGGCUGCGCCGCCGACACCUUCCGUGGCCGCGCCCUCUUGCGGUUCACCGCAGCGUGCGACCUCACCAUCCAUGCGCCUCCUUCGCCUACUUACUGUCCUACCCGGGCUAACCAGCGCCCUUCUGUUCUGGAUUUGUGCCUGACCACCCAACGGCUCACCGUCGUUUCCUUGGCCGUCCUCUCUGACCUCGCCUCGGAUCACUUACCGGUGGUCGGUGUUCUCCAGGGUCUUCUGGCUGCUGGCCCUCCUCUGCGGCGGCGCGACUACCAGCGGGCGGAUUGGCCGGCCUUUCGGAGGCACCUGGAUGACCAGCUGGACCUGGGGCUGACGGUGGCGACCCCUGAGGACCUGGAUGACGUGGUGGAGCGGUUCGCUGCCGCCAUUGGCUGUGCGGAGCGUGCGGCCAUCCCGUUGCGGCCUGUGCGCCCGGGGGGCAAGCCUUUGCCACCACCCCUGCGUGCGCUGAUCCGGAUGCGGAAUGCUGCCCGGCGUUGCUGGCAGCGCCUGCGCCACCCCCAGGCGCUGGAGGAAUACCGGUACUACAAGGGCCGCUGCCGCCGUGCCGUUACCGACUGGCAGGCCUCUCAGCACCUUCUGGCCUUGCAGUCUUUAUCGGCGCAGACGGGCUCGGUGUGGGGCUACGUCCGGGGCCUGCGCUCCCGUGCCGCUGGUGUCCCGCCGCUACAGUCUGGUCAGCGCUUCCUGGAUGACCCCCGGGAUAAAGCGGAGCUGUUGGCGGGCCACUUCGAGUCCACCUUCGUGCCGCACGCUGUCCCGGCGGCUGGGCCGACCGCUGCCGCCUUCCGGGAUCUGCCGCCGCUGCCGCUCCCGGCCGCCGUGGGCUCCCUGCUGGUCACGCCUCGUGAGGUGGAGCGUGCCGUGGGCCGGCUGAAGCUGGGGAAGGCUCCUGGCCCUGAUGGUGUGCGCCCCGUUUUGGUGAAAUCCCUCUCCCGGAAGGCGCUUAUUUAUUUCACCAAGCUGUGCAACUUCAGUCUUCUUCUGGCGCACUUUCCUCUGCCGUGGCGUCAUGCUGUGAUCGUCCCGGUCCCCAAGACACACCCUGCCUCUCCAGAUGUUGCCCAGUACCGGCCUAUCUCUCUGCUGUCUUGCCUCUCCAAGGUGUUCGAACGCAUGCUUCUUGGUCGCCUGGGGCUGCAUCUAGCGGUCCAUGGUUCCCUGCCUGAUUUCCAGUUUGGGUUCCGCCGGCACUUGUCGGCCCUCCAUGCUGUUGCGUACGUGUCCGACCUGAUUACGGCCGGCUUCAACCGGCGGGCGCAUUCCAUCCUCGUGCUGCUGGACUUGAAGCGCGCCUUCGACUCGGUCCACCAUGCCGCUUUGGUGCACAAGCUGCGGCAGACGGAGCUCAGUCCUCAUCUGCUGAAUCUCCUACAGAGUUUCCUCGCUGACCGCACGUUUGCUGUCCGAGUUGGUGGCGCGCUCUCCGGGAUUCAUCGGGUGGCUGCUGGAGUGCCGCAGGGGGCGAUCCUGAGUCCUACGCUGUUCGCUGUGUUCCUGGCGGACAUGGCGCCCCCGCCUGGGGCUACUUUGGCGCUCUACGCAGACGACACGGCGGUCCUGGUGACCGGCGACGAUGCGCAGGUGCUGCAAGCGCAGGCGCAGGUGGCGUUGCGUCAUUUGAGCGGCUACAUGGCCUCCUGGGGUAUCUUACCCAAUCCUGCGAAGACCCAGGUGCUCUUCUGCACCAAGCGCCGCCGGCGGCCCCCGGCCCCACUGGUGCUCCUGGGCGUCUUGCUGCCGUACUUGCCUGCCGUGAAGUACCUGGGGGUGUUGCUGGACGCCACCUUCACCUGGCAGCCCCACAUCACGGCGGCGGUUCGGAAGACCCGGAUUCUGCACAGGACGUUGCGGCCGGUGCUGGGGGCGCGGAGUGGCGUGCCUCAGCCGACGCGGCUGUUGGUGUACAAGACCUACAUCCUGCCGGUCUUGCUGUACGCAUCGGUGGUUUGGGCGACGCUCCCCCGGACUUGCUGGCGCCCCAUCAAUUCGGUGCUGCACGCUGGCCUGCGUCUGGUGCUCGGGUACCCGCUGUGGACGCCCGUGGAAUUGUUGUACCGCCUCUCUGGACUCCGGCGGCCGGUGGAGAUGGUUGCUGCCUUCGCCCAGCGGUUCUUCCGACGCAACGAGCGCAGCCUCAACCCGUUGGUGCGGUCCAUCGGUGACUACGACGUUGCGGAGCCCCAUGCGCAUCCUCGGAUACGAGACUUUCUUCGUGCCGAUCCCCCCUAACUUUGACAUUUUUACGUGCUGUGCGUCGUUUGUCUCUUGCGGUCUUUGGUGUGCCUUGUGUGCUUCGGUGUGUUUGUGUUUUUCUUUUUCAGGUUAUUUUGGACUGUAAUUGGUUACUUGUGUCAGGGUGAUGAUUGUAUAUUAGUGUCUUGUUUGCUGUUUGUGUUUAUUAAAUGAGUGUUUUGUGUGCCUUCCCCCUCCCUCCUAGGCCCACUUGGUUCUUUGUUAGGGUUCGGGGGGGUGCUCUUGUUCAGCCUUCUGCUGUAAUUUAUUUAUUUAGGGUUCUGUGUCCUUGUUUAACUUCUUGCCUGCGCUGGGUGUAUUUUGUGCUUUUGUUCUGCGCCACGCUUUUCGUGGGUGCCUCCUGGCCUCUUUCUGGCCUUUUUAUUGUUGGGGCUUUAGUUUUUAAACGGAUCCCCCAUUAGUUUGCUGUUUCUGCUAUCACUUGUGCUUAUUAUAUAUUUUUAAUUAUUUCACUGUUUCUGAGACCAAUGUGGCUGCCUUCCUUUAAUUUAGGGAUUUUUUAUUCGCCUCACUAGGCAUUCUUUUUGCGAUGUUUUUAAUCGUCGCUUUCUUUUGUUGCCGCGACCCGCGAGUGUUCGGGUCGCCUCUUUUCCUCCUUUUUAUGGUUUCGGUGGCAUAUUGCCGCCCAUGCAUAGUUUUCGUUUUUUUUGUCUCGUGGUUGUUUUUGGGGUUUUUACUCCCCGCUUUUCGUCUCGCUAGCCGUUUAGGGGCUUCUCCUGUUGCCUGUUCUUGCUUCCUUUUUCCUUUUUCAAUUUGUUUCGGGGUUUUUCGUGUUUUUCCCCCAAUUUGUUUUCGACUUGUUUUCUGCCUUUCUUUUUCAGUGUUUUUCUUUUCAAUUUGUUUUCAUGUAAGAGCCUGCGGCUGAGGCAUGUAUUGUUCCUUUUUCCUUGUAAACCGAUCACAGGUGUAUUUUAUUUUCUGUCAAUACAAUUAUUUGAACUU